GCGGCGGCGGCCCCGGUUCUCUAGAGCCGAGCCCCUGCGUGGGGUGUCGGCCCGGCGCAGAGGACAGCCCAGGCCCCCGGAUCGCGCUAGGGCUCGGGGGACGGGGCCGGCGGACACGGCGCCCGCCCCCCUGAGGAGGAGACUCGCAGGCGGUGGUUCCCGAACUGCUCCGCUUCCCGGACCACGCCGGGCGCCUUCCCUCCCUCUCCCGUGUCCGCGAUUCCCGAAUCGCCCCUCACACACACACACACGCACCCCCCCCUCGGGCUUGUGUCCCCGCCGCGCCGCCCCCAGAGGCUCCCGCGCCCUCGUGCGAGGAAGAUUCUCUGGUCUCUGCGGGCCAGUGGACUAGAACCAGGGAAUUUUUUAAACGCCGGGAGAAGGAGAGGAGGAAGGUAGAGACGAGACGAUGGCUUCUUCGUCUGGCAACGAUGAUGAUCUCACUAUCCCCCGAGCUGCUAUCAAUAAGAUGAUCAAAGAGACUCUCCCCAAUGUCCGGGUGGCCAACGAUGCCCGGGAACUGGUGGUGAACUGCUGCACUGAAUUCAUCCACCUCAUCUCCUCCGAGGCCAACGAGAUCUGCAACAAAUCCGAAAAGAAGACCAUCUCUCCGGAGCAUGUCAUACAAGCACUAGAAAGUUUGGGCUUUGGCUCCUAUAUCAGUGAAGUGAAAGAAGUCUUACAAGAAUGCAAAACGGUAGCCCUAAAAAGAAGAAAGGCCAACUCUCGUUUGGAAAACCUUGGCAUUCCUGAAGAAGAACUACUAAGACAACAACAGGAAUUAUUUGCCAAAGCUAGACAGCAGCAAGCAGAACUGGCUCAGCAAGAAUGGCUCCAGAUGCAGCAAGCAGCCCAACAAGCACAGCUGGCUGCUGCUGCUUCAGCCAGUGCAUCCCAUCAAGCAGGAUCUUCUCAGGACGAAGAUGAUGAAGAUGACAUCUGAAAUUCACCAGCUGAGUUUUUAUUCUCACGAUUUUUUUUCCUGCACAAUGAAAAAGUGAAAAGAAUGCUUAUCUGUAAUUUUGUAUGCAUCUUGGUGGACUGGCCAUUGGUAUUCUCGGGAUGUCUGCUGUUAAGUUUCAGCUAUUGUGUGCUAUACAUGUAAAAACUCUCUUUGAACUCUUGAAGAUUUAAGGUUCAGUAUCAUAUCAAUUUUGAAUUUUUAAUGGUGUUUAUGAAAUUUUAGAUAGCAGUGAGUCCUUUAUUUGAUCAAUAAACAGUGUUACAGUAAACUACAAGUUUAUAAAAUACAUUGAGAUUUAUACAGAAGCUCUAAAUCUACAUGUGCAUUUCCUCUGCCCUUUUAACUAAACUAUAAAAAUCAUAUAUGGGGAAUUUUUAAUUAUUUUUUCGGGGGGGAUGGGUGGGAAUGAUACAAGUAGACAUUGGAUCAGGUUAGUUAAAAAAAAAACAAAGAGUUCAGUUCUACAGUGUCUGAAUUUUUUGUCCUUUUAAAAAUGAGGAGAUAUAUAUAUAUAUAUAUAUAUAAAUAAAAAAGGUAAUAAAUAUAUAUGCUCAGUUAAAUACACUUGUUUAAAAAAACUCAAACACAUACAAUGCUAGGAAGACGUAUGUUUAAUAGGAGUUGUACAAAUUCAAUUUGUUUUUGUUUUUGUUUUUUUGUAUAGGGGUAAAAACCAAGGUUUUAUUAUGGCAUCUAUUCAUCUUGAACUAAACUAUUACAUUUCAAAGACUGCCCUGUUUUGAGGACUGUCAUGAUUCUUAUUAUUUCACUCCAAUUCAAUAAUUGUUGUUGAUAGUGUUACUUGCUUUGUCCAACCAUGUUCAUAUUAUUAAAAUGAGUGGGUGGAACUUGAUGAAACAUUUGCGUGGGUUCCAUGGGUUUAACUGGAGUUGGUGAAUAUUCAAACCUUUGUGGGGAGGAAUGGAAGCUAAUGAACAUGCUUGCUGGAAAAGAAUAAUUUUUUUUUUUAAAGUCACCCUUAUGAUUUACUUUUUGUCAGCAGAAAUUUAACAUUUUCCUGACUAGGUUACAGGCCUAUUUCUAUGCUACCUUUAGAAAUGGCAUCAUUGUCUUCUUAACCCUAAUUGGGUUUAAUAACAGAAAAUUAAUCAGGUUUAAUUUCAGUUAGGACAGCAUGCCAUAUGACUGAUGAGCACCACAAGGAAAACUAAUGGUUACUUUUAAUGUGUUAAAGAAAUGCUUUUCUUUUGUUCCAGUAAAGCAUAUUAAUGGUUGUUAAUUCUGAUGUAUUGAAGAAAUAGCAUACUUGUUCACAUUUUGGAAACAGAAAGGAAAAGCCACAAUUCUUGUGUCAGAUAUCCAUAUCCUUAAAUUUUGGGAUUUCCAGCAGAGCUGAAAAAAUUAUAUAGCAGGUUUGACAACUGCUAGGAUUCUUUAAAAAAAAAAAAUUAUAUGACCAUUUUAAUUAGAAAAUGAAACAUGUAAGGUUUACAGGAAUUUGGAUUUCUUAAUGAUCAGAUUUUGCUAUUUCAGAAAAUGAAAAGUGAUCAAGUAUUUAUUAAAUACAUCCCUUUUUUUUGACAUACCACCCUUCCUCCUCCAAUGAAAAGGUUAGUUUUGUUGGAGUGCUUAAGUUGAAAUUAUUUCAUGGAUAUUGCAUGAAGUAUGUUGGGCAAGAUCCGAGUAAGCAACUCGUUUUUUUAAAGGUAUCAAUAAGUACCAAAGGUAGUAAAGCUAGUUGAGAGUAAUCACUAUGUUAAUAUGCAGUGUUGGCUUUUCUAAUUUGUACUGUAACAUCCUUACACUUUAUAUUUUAAGUGAAUCUUUUUCUUAACUUAGAUAUUUUUCACACUUUUUUUUUUUUUUUCUGAUGCAGAGUUCAGGUUAAUAUUUUACUGCAUCUGGUAUGUAUGAUGUUUGGAUCCUUGUGACUUUUCCUUUGGACAUUCUUAUGCUUUCAUAUGCUGUAUUCUUCAAGCAAUAAAAUUCUGAUGUGUUUUAUAAA